UAAGCAAAUUCGCAUCGAAUAAUAAAAGAAAUUGAAAAAUGAAGACAGAACUUUAUUUCAUAUUUUUAUUAUUAACGUUAAUGCAAUUCUUGCAGCAUAUUCAAGCAUUCAUUGUUAACGUUGAUGCCCACAAUGAGGAAUGCUUUUUCGAGAAAAUUGAAACUGGAACAAAAUUUAGUAUAACAUUUGAGGUGAUUGAAGGAGGAUUUUUGGAUAUUGACAUAAAAAUAAUUGGCCCAGAUCACGGUGUAAUACAUGAAAGCGAGAAAGAGUCUUCGAGUAGAUUGGCUUUUGUCGCUGCUACGGCCGGCAUUUAUACUGUUUGCUUUGACAAUCAAAAGAGUAGCAUGACACCGAAACUAGUUAUGUUCUCAAUAGACGUAGAUGAAUCACCACAUCGUGCACCAGGCGCUCCGGGCGAAGAUGAAGUAGGUCAUACCAAAUUAGAAGAUAUGAUACGUGAAUUAUCUGGUACCUUAACCAGCGUGAAACAUGAACAAGAGUAUAUGCACGUUCGUGAUAAAAUUCAUCGCACAAUUAAUGAAAGCACGAAUUCUCGUGUUGUGUUAUGGUCAACUUUUGAAGCAUUGGUCUUAGUGUUAAUGACAAUUGGUCAAGUGUACUACUUGAAGCGUUUCUUCGAAGUGAAACGCGUGGUGUAGAUUAACGGAUCAUAUCGUAGUAUAAGAAAUUCUUGUGUAAUUUAUCCCAAAAACUCAUUUCCUGCUUCUUUUGUUUUUCAACAAAUUAAUUCAUUUUCUAUUGCCUCGUAGGUAAAUCGAUUGUAAUAUUACAUAUAAUAUAUGAACACUAUCUCAAUACACACUUUAA